AUGGAUAUUCAUGUUCUUCAAAGCCAGCCCGCCCAGAAGGUCGCGUUUAAAGACUCUUCCACGGUUCGUGUGGGUAAUAAACUUGUUCGCAAUAAGCCACCCACCCAGCCCUCUGCUAUGCGACCCAAGCAUUUGGUCCGCGGAGGGUUCCAGCCGCGCCUUCCGACUUCGCUGCCGCCCCCAGGGCAGCAGCAGCAGCCGUCGCCGCUACCACGCCGACAGCCCGUCCCGUUGAUGCCUCCCGUGCAGCUUCAUCCGGGAGCGCCCCAGGUGGUCGCUCCGGCGCCUGCGGUCCCUCUUCAGUCGCCACCGCCUUCGGAGCUGAUGGACGUCGACCCCUCAGCCGGGCCGCCUUCCCAAGCGGUGGCUGUGCAGCCUGUCCUGCAGCCGCUUUCCUUGGGCACCCCCAAGGAGUCUGACACCGCAGCGCCUUGUCCGGCGCCCACUCAGCAGCCGUCGACGCAGCGUCAGGAGACGCUGCCUCUCUUCGUGGGUCCCGACGCCCCGUCGCGUCCAGUACCAGAAGCUGCGCCCGUGACAGGAGGAGGACGGGCGGCAGUGAGCGAUGCGGGCAGCCCGACCAGACAGGCGCGGCCCGGCUCGCGGCCGUACGAGCCGGCCGGGGCUCGGGAAUUCUGUUUGCUGAAUGGCCUGCUGGCGGCUGGCGGCGGGCUGCAGGCUCGUCCAUUACUGGCGGGCCUGCUGGCGCCAGUGCUGGCGCCAGCGCCGUGGCCGCCCUCGUCCAUUAGCCGUGGCGCGCUUUGUGCCUCCCGCUGCGCCCUGCGCUGGCAUCGAUUGCCGCGCAAUCCGCCGCCGCUGCUUCUGCUGCUUGCUGACUCCCACACGCCGGCACUUGCGGUAUCGCCAAUUACUUCCCACAGACGUAUAAUCUAA